CCAGGACUGGAGGAAAUCAACAGAGGAAGAAAGAGAUAUAAUUAGGGGAUUUGAUAAUUUCAUCAAGGUCUAAAAAUAAUCAUCGAUUCAGAAUGGAUAACAGCCUUCCGGAGAGCCGGAGGCUUAUGUUUGGACAUACUGUGCCUGGCAGUGUAAUGGCUUCAUCUUCAAGAGCCGGAGUUGUGGUAGAUCCGAUGCCUUUGUCGGGCCAACCGGCAUCUCUUAGAACGGACAUAAGCCAAGACCUGCUCGAGCAAAGAGGCACCCAGGAGCAGGCCAAACUCCUGGAAAGAUUUAAGUUGCUACGGCAGUGGCAACAACAGCAACAAAAUCAACUCGUGCUCCAACAGCAGCAACAAUUGGAGCUGCUGAGGAACCAACAAGAGUCUGUGCAACAGGCUCUCAUGCAACAGAGGCUCAAGCAGUGGGGAGGUGUGAAGGUCACAAAUUCGCCGCCCAAGUCUCCGUCGCGCAGAGGUAGUCCAAAGAAAUCACCAACACCAAGUCCUUCGCGUGGGACCAAAGUGUCAAUUUCAGUACCCAAGGCUCUUGCACAGGCAGCCUUGACCCAGCCAGUGUCCUCUCCAAAUGGGAACCUGGAUCCUCCUGCAAUGCUCUUUGAAUCAUCAAUUCAUCAGGAGGAAGGCGACAUGGACUCUGAGAUGGAACAUCCCAGCUCCAUGUCUGUAGAGGGCGUCUUUCCUCUCCCAGACACGGCAUCCGAGACGAGUGAGGCAGGCAACGAUGAUCAUCACCAUGACGAUCUGUUGGAAAGGAGAAUCACAGAUGCUGAGAGCAGAGAUGAUGAGAUGUUCAGAUCAGCAUCAGAUUUCUCUAUGACACCAACAAGCAGAAGUCCUCGGGAGACCCACCAUCUUUCUAUCCAUCUUCCAGAUACGGGCAGGACCGAAGAAAACCCGCCACUCCAUUCUCCCGACAACUACCCCUCCUCCCCCGCCAUCUCCCCUCGGCUAUCGCCUUUCACGCCCACCACACCGUCCCACCGGGAGAAUGAUUGUAGCACCCUGGAGGAAAAGGAAGGAGGGCUUGGCAGGGAAGAGAGGGCUAUCAAUUCUCAACUCGGACUGGAAUUUAAGUCAUUCGAGGAGCUUGUCGAGAUGCAGAUUAAGGCUGAUGAUCGAACGCUACCUCCUCCUGCUGCUUCCUCUACUUCAGAACAGACUAGCGGUAGACCGCGGCAUGCCUUCUUGAGGAGGGGUGAGGGGAUCUCCAGAUUCGGUAUGAAACCAAGGAAACUGAAGCCUCGCAAGAAAACACCAGCACAGCCAGGUCAGGGCAGCGUUGAAGCAACGAAGGCAAAGGGAGGUGAAAGCAAAGUCAAGGGCGUGACGGAGAAUCUUGGUGGAAAGCAGAGAAUGAAACAUCCAAAGAAAGAGGAGAAUCCAAAGAUUUCCAGGAAGAUCUCAAGCAAACUGCCAUCACAUUCUCAACCUGGAGUGCAGGCCCCCGAAAGUGUCUUCAAGAUGCCCCUCCCAGCUCCUGGUCAAAAACACAAGACCAAUAAACCGGUCAUGUCACCCGUGGAGAGAGAGAAAGUGGGCGUGGCUCUCCAGCCCCGUCCUGUCGUACCCAGCCUGGACCUUCCGUACAGCAGCCAAUCGGAGCUUGACGACACCUUGGAGGCUUCUUUCUUCAGACGCACCAAGAUCUGGGAGAAAAAAUCCAAGGUAGGUUGGUCAAGACGUUUCUUUUUCAAGUCUUAUUUGAGUUUAGCCUUAUCUGGUUUUUGUGAGUUUUCCCUGGCAUGGUGUCAAGGAUGAGAUGAAAUCACCUACUCGGUUUGUUGUAAGCGAGCCCAUGGGAUGUGAAACUUGCAACAUUUUAAGUACCAUUGCACACCCACACAUACCAUUGCAUGGCCACAUACAUCACAGUUGAAAUCGGGCAAUUAGCUUUGUUGAUGAAAUUAUGAGAAAUUUUCAGAAUCGGAUGAUGCAUUUUGCCGUCAGAUGGUUAUAUGAUAGGUCCAAUAGGUCCAAAAAUUUAGUCAAGAUUGUUGCACAGAUGUAAUUUUUAGUUGAUGAUAAUAAUAGGGCAGUUCCAUAAAAUAUGAACGUCCGACCCCAUGUAUGUUGGACCCUCAUGAUUUUUUCUAUUUCUAAUUUCUGGUUCUUACGACAGUCUGUACGCCUAAUGCUGUCAAAUGACCAUGACUUGGGUCAGUUUAUGAAGUGAAGUAAGAAUUGAGGAAAAUGGGGGUCGGACGUACAAAAAGGUUGAAUAUUUUAUGGAAUAGCCCAAUAGUUACAUUUAUAUAGCGUGUAAUACAUCAUGUUUUGAGCGUGUUAAUUUAAUAUUUCCGCGAUGCGAGCAUGUUGCUGCAGUCUGAUGCUGUUACGUCUGAUCCGGCAAGACUACAAACAAUGCUGUUUUGAUACUUCUGUCUUGCUUUAGUCAUUGUUUUCUCUUUAAGGACGGUCGUAUAGUGGCAGUUUUUUCUCCAAAAAGCUCGCAACACAUUGUACAUGCAGUUUAUAAAAAGAAAACAGUGAUAAUGCAAGUUGAGAGGGGUAAAGGUGGAGGUUGCUUCACACCCUCUGUAGUCUCGUCAGAUCGGAUGCAUUGCUUUUGUUUUAGCGUAGCAGCAAAGGUAUACCUGCAACCUCCGCCUAGAUAAUAUAGGUAACAGUCACAUUGGAGGUGUCCUAAUAAAGAUCAAUAUAAACAUUCAGAAGAACAAAGAAAGAAACAGACACAAGGUAGCCAUAUUCAGCGGUGAUCAUACUAUUGGUAUCUUCAAAUUUAUUAUUGUUAUCAGAUCAUUUCCACCAAAACAAAUUUAGAAAGUGCUUCUCUUGGAGAGACUCAACUGUGUGAAGAAUUUACAAAUUGUAAAGAAGUAGUUUUGUACUUUUCAAAAAGUGAAUGUGUAUAAUCAUAGCAUACUUUGUGGAGAUUUUCAGGUGAUAUUUAAAAGGAUGCAUUAAAUUAGUUUUAAAAGAAAGAAGAAAAUCUCACUUUUGACAAAGUGACAGGUAAUGUAUAGUCAAUAAUACCUGAACUUCAUUUUAAAAUGUGACAAAUAAUCUUCUUCUAAGCACCCAAUGGACAGACAUCAUGGGUGGUCCAGUGAAUUUUGUUUACUAUUCUAUGUGAAUUUAUUUCUUUAAUCUCAAGUGAAGAUCUCUUUCUUGUAAUCAAUUCAACUUGUUUAUUUUUUUCUUUCAGAAAACAAUAAAAAUGUACAUUUAUCAUAGAUAAAAAUAGUUCCUAUACAUAAAUACUCAGAUGAUGUAACAAUUGUACCUACUGUGCAUUGUCAAGCAACAUUGUUUAUACCAUUCCUUUUAAGUUGUGAUACAUGACUUACCUCAUACAAAUAGUACAGAAGUAUUGAAUAAACAAAUUAUGAAGUAAAUUACACCU